UUGAGGCAGCAGUGUUCGGUCAGUUUGGGAGAGACAGUGUUGAAUGUUGUAUUGAUUUAUAGUUCUUUGCCGAUAUUUAUUCUAAUGUUUACAUCAUUGAAUAUAUUUAGGAAAGAGAGAUUUAACUGAGAGGAAAGAUGCUGGCAUCAUCACAGCAGUUUUGUGUCAAGUGGAACAGUUACAGCUCAAACCUACAGAAUGUGUUUCCACGACUUUUAACCAGUGAACAUUUUGUGGAUAUAACAUUGGCAUGUGAGGGUCAGAUGAUUAAAUGUCAUAAAGUGGUAUUAUCAGCAUGCAGCACAUAUUUUGAGAAUCUCCUAGUUCAUAACCCAUGUCAACAUCCGAUAAUCUUUAUGAAAGACAUGAAACAUUGGGAAGUUCAGGCUCUUGUGGAUUUCAUGUACAAGGGGGAAGUGAAUGUGAGUCAGGAAGAGUUGAACUCUCUGCUUGUGGCUGCAGAAGCAUUGCAAAUCCGUGGUUUAUGUGGUUCGGAUCAGUCAAGUACAGGAAAACAACAAAACUUGCCGAGGCAGCAGGUGGAUGAGAUCAGGCUUCCAGCUGUUUCUUUACCCCAUGAUACUGUUUUGUCAGGCAGAGAAACUCCCCCCUUUAAACGUAGAAGAAACGUGGCAGAGGAUCAAGAGCAGACAUCUAAUAAAGUUGUGAAGAACAACAGAACUUCCCCUGGUCCCACCUCUUCCUCCACAAUGGAAGUUAACUCUUUGCCAGUUACUACUGCACCAUCCAGCUGUAACACUUCUUCUGAGACUGACACAUAUUCUGACCAUGUAGAGAAUAAGAAGGCUGUAAAACAGGAACUGGAUUUAUAUCAUUCUUACCUUGAAGGAGAAAUAGAGGCAGAUGGUGCAGAUGAAGACUACAGCCUUGAACAUCAGGAUGAUUCUGACAGCAAUAAUCGGGAAGAUGCUCUUCCUACAUCACCAUUGGACCAGCCUGGCCCCUCUGGAUUGGUGUCGAAUCAAGGAAUUGCAACCUCGGACAAAGCUACUACAGGUAUGGGACUGUCAGUACCGGUGCACACGAAUCUUCUCUCAGAUCAGUUCAGAAUCCAAACCCCACGUUCUUAUUCAUUCUCAAGUCUCUGGCAGGCUCUCAUGGAUGUAAAGAAGGGAGAGAGUAUCUACAGUUCUGCCAAGGUACAUGGAAUCCCUCGCAAGACUCUCCGAAACUGGAUGGCACGAUGGAAUAUCAAGAGCUCACACCCAAUGCCAAAACAAUUGAAAGUUUGCCCAGCGAAUCAGAAAGGGGCCAAGAGAAUAAAACCAGCAGUGGUGCUGUAAGAAUCUGCAACAUUGAACCGGAGAUAAUGAAAUUUUAUGAACACAUUAUGAUGAAGGUAAUUGGCUCCUAGAUGCAAGUGCGUAAAACUUGAUUGUGUUGCGUGACUUACUUUUUGGUUUAUCUCCAUUUUAUUAUGUCACAUUCAAGACUUGUGAAGAAGAUAAAGUUGGUGUUUACUGCAUGUUGUAUGUGUGUAUGUGAUAUGAUGCUGCCUGUACCAGUGGCUAUAAUGUGUAUGUAUCAUCUCAUCCUUACGUUCUCAUUGUGAGGGUGACGUGUCCUGUUUGUUAUCAUCUAAUAAUGUCUGCACUACAAGGGCCUUGGACUUGACAGAUUCUUUGCCUUGACAUUCAAUUCAAAAAAGAACAUGAAAUUUUGAGCUUGGAAUAUCAGGAGUGUGUAUAGGUCAGGUUCAUUUAAAUUAGCAGCAAGAAAAUUGGCAAACUAUAAUUCAGAUAUGGUGGGUGAUGAGGAGGUCAAAUGAGACAAGGGUGACAUUGAGCGAGAAGACAUUUAUACAUUUUACUGUGGGAAAGGAAAUGGUAAUUGCCACUUGUACAGAGUUUUAAACAAAUGUGUGCUGCAUUAUGAGAAUACUCAUAGAGUUUGUAAGUGAUAAUGUUGUGUAUAAUACAGGGUAUUUCUGAAAGGACACACCAGUUUUAAUUACAUAAAAUUACCUGACUGGAAAGCAAACAUCACUGUAUUUUGUGUCUCUGAGUUCAGUAGUCUUGGGAGAUUGAUUGUCAUGUAAACACAUUUUUAGUUUAUGCACUAUUGGUGUCUGUAGCCAUCUGCAGCUGUAUUCUGAAAUUUCACACAACUGCAGCUGGAGUGCCUUCAUUGACCCUGAUCAGUGCCACAGAAAUUCCUCAUUUCAAUUUUUAGAUUGUGUUUGUGUGUGGAUUGUUUAUGUAAACUGUAUCUUUCAGAAAAUAAAUAUUCAAAUGGGUUAAGAUCUGAAGCAUAUGGUGGCCAUGACUACUUGUAUCCAAACUGCUCAGGAAAAUUAGUAGACUGUGUUAUCAAAAUGCUCAUUAAACAUAUUCAACACUACAUUCACAAUGUGUGACUGGGCCCCAUCCUGUUGAAAAAAUAUUUCUCCAAAAUUGACACCUGUUCCUUUUAGAAAGGAUGAAAUUCUUGGAGGACAUGGAUAUAACAAUCAGCAGUCACACUAGGACAGCACAUUCUCCCAAGACACAAAAUACACUGAUGCUUAAAUUUUAGUUAGUUAAUUAUGUGCAAUUGAAACUGGAGCAUCUAUUCAGAAAGACCCUAUAGCAAGAGGUCAUUGGUGUGACAUUGUUCUGAAUGGUAAUGCCUUGACUACGUGUAAAAGUUAUACAAAGAAUAUCUUUCACAAGGAAUAAGAAUGUGUGUUUGAGCAAUUUCCACAUACUACAUCAAAAUUUUAUAAGUACAUAUAUGUGCAACAUUAUAGGAGAGAAGAUACUUUUAAACAAAGUAUUUGAAAUCACAGUUUCAGAUAAAGUAGAUAUGAUAAUGGUGUUAGAAGACUAAAUGUCACCACUUCAGAAAAUCUGCUACAGAAGAAUAUAGUGUUCCCCGUAUCAUUACAUAACUGAUACACUUGGACCUCGGAAGACAUACAAUCGGGUUGAAAAUAUUUUGAUAGGUAUAAGAUGGCACCCAAGAUUAAUUGACAUGAUCAUUUAGAGGAGCUGACUCUGAUGUUGACCAUUGACUUAUAUUUGCAAAUGUUAGAGAGAGACUUCCAAUAAAUAUGUGAGCAAAUCAGAAGUUUAAUUUGCAAAAGCGCAGUCCCAAGAAGUGAUAAAUUAUGCGGCAGUUAGUGAGCUGAGAUCGAAAGACAAUUGAACCUUAAAGUUUAUGAUGAUGGUGAUGACGAACUGUGCCACGUGCGAAAAUUGAAGGAAAAUAUGAAUAUCAGUACUGCUAGGAGAAGGGGGGAUAUCACAACUUAAUCAAUAAAGGUUAUUACAACUUAAAACAGAAUACUCCAUGGUUAGAUGAAGUGUGCUCAAAACUUUGUCGUUGGAAGCAGACUAAAUUGUGAUGGAGAUAAUGUAAGCAAUAUAAGAUGUGAAGCUAGCAGAACAUUCAGGAACAAAGAAAAAGGGAACACAUUAAAAGCAAUAGUAAUAAACUUAAAAUAGACAGUAAGUACAAAAAUAUUAGAUAGUGAAUAGAGACAGAUUGGUUUUAGGCAGGUUAUCAACAGAGAUUUAACUUGUAAAAGAUAAGAAUGAUGAUAUACUUGUAGUUUUUUACAACAGUUUAAUGUUAUUAAAUGUGGUGGUAAUGAUCUUGGACAGAUUUAAAAGCAUAAGCUGAACCAGAUUUUAUUGAAGUUGAAAUUGCUGUUGAAAAGUUGAGAAGAAAUAAUUUGCCAGGCAUUGAUUAGAAUCUAGCAGAAUUUAAUGCAGCAGGAAAUCCACUGAGUUAUUUAUUAUAUUUGGAAUAACAAAGAAAUGCCAUAGUAGUGGAAGGACUGUGUUAUUUUACCUAUAUUUGUCUCUGAAUAAAGUACUGGUAUACUAAAAUAUUGUAUUUUUACACCAGUAUAGAAAUAUGCUGUUACACAGACUUGAGUUCAAGAUGUUCUUUGAAAUUAUAUCUCUUGUAUUGUCUCUGCAGAUUUUCAAACAUUCCCUGGAUUGUAUUUCAUUUUAUCGCCCCCAAAACUGGGCACAUUUUCUUUCAACUGGACAAUGUUUUAAGAAACAGAUCCAGUAUACUCCUUUGUUUAUAAUGUUGUAUUUUAGCAUCCUGUUGCACUGAUUCUCAU